AUGUCAAAACGUAAAAUUAGUGAUUAUUUUUCUAAAAAUACAAAUCAAGAUGAUUGUGAACCAACUUCUAGUAAAAAUUCAACGAAAACACCAAGUACACUAAAUAAAAUGUCGAAUAUUAGUGAAAAAACAUCAGUUUUGGUUCCGGUUUUGAAUUCAAUAUCACAAUCGCCUUCAGUGUCAGUAUUUCAAGAUCAGACUGAAAGUAUGCAUGCAAAUGAAAAUGAUAUAAGCUUAUUCGUAAACUGUAGAUUAUCAGAUGCUGAUAAAUUUACUGCACUUAAAAAUGUAUGGUUACCAUUGCCAAUAUUUGAGUUUCCUUUAAACCAAAAAAAUAAGAAAAGAGGUUUAAAAUUCCAAUAUAAAUGGUUGCUUCAAUUUAAUUGGCUUGCUUACUCAAAAAUAAAAAAUGGUGCUUAUUGCAAGUUUUGUGUAGUAUUUUCAAAAUGUGGUGGAAUAGGGAAUCAGCCUUUAAAUAAAUUGGUAUUAGAAGCAUUUGAUGCAUGGAAAAAAGCUCUUGAGAAUGUAGUUACCAUAAGUCUGCUGUUCUUAAUGCUGAUCAUUUUGUUAGUAUAUAUACAAAACAACAACCAUCAAUUAUUGAGGCUGUUGACACUGAUAGCUAAAAUAAAAGAAAAUAGAGCAAAACUUAUACCUAUAAUUGAAUGUCUUAUAUUAUGUGGACGUCAAGAAAUCGCUUUAAGGGGACAUAGAGAUUCUGGAAAAAUUAAUGUCAAUGAUGAUUCAAUUAAUGAUGGAAAUUUCCGUGCUAUUCUCAGAUAUAGAGGAAAAGGAGAUGAAUUUUUAAAACAAAAUCUAGAAAAUGAUUAUCGUUACAAAUACAUUGGGUCCAAAAUUCAAAACGAAAUGAUCAUUGCAUGUGGAGAUAUAAUACAAAAAAAAAUAGUAAAAAAAAUAAAUGAUUCACAAUGUUUUUCAAUACUGGCUGAUGAAACAACAGAUAUCUCAACUAAUGAACAACUAACUUUAUGUGUGAGAUAUUUGGAUACUCAAAAUAAUAUGUGUGAAGAUUUUUUGCAAUAUAUAAAAGUAGACAGUCUUACUGGCAUUUCACUUUCGUCAGCUAUUAUAAAUGGUUUAAUUAGUUGUGGAGUUCAAUGUGAUUUCUUAUUUGGUCAAGGAUUUGAUGGAGCAAGUAACAUGUCUGGAAAGUUUAAUGGCGUUCAAGCGAUUAUCCGUGAACAGUAUCCACAAGCAAUAUAUGUCCAUUGUGCUGCCCAUUCACUGAACUUGGCUGUUUCUACUGCAAGCAAUAUUAAGCCUAUUCGAAACUGUUUAGGCAUAUUGGAAAAAAUGUAUGUGUUUUUAAAAACUCCAAAGCGUAAUAAUGCAUUGUUAAUUGCAAUUGAUAAAGGUGAUUUUGAACCUAAAAUCAGAACACUUAAAAGACUUUGUGCCACACGCUGGGUGCAGCGUUAUGAUGCUGUGAACGAUUUUGUCGAACUAUUCCCUUGUGUGGUGGCUGCAUUAGAAAUAAUUACAGAAUGGAACGACAGUUCUGCCACUGAUGCUGCCAUAUUAUUAAAAGCUAUUGAUAGUGAAUUUUUGAUCUCACUUCAAAUUACUAAAUUUUUAUUUUCCUAUGGAUUGCCACUAUGUAAGCAAUUACAAUCCAAAAAAAUUGACUUAGUAGAAGCAGUUUGCCUCGCCGAGGAUAUAAUUUCAGCACUUAAGAAUAUUAGGAUUAAUAUUGAACAAGAAUUUAAUAAUAUAUUCUUAAUGGCAGAGGUAAUCAAAGUCAAUUAA